AUGGGUAAUAACAACAUAGAAUCGCGUCGGCUGCCAUUGUUGACAAGAUUGAAGCUGUUGAUAUCGGUAUUGAUCGGAUAUCUCACCACACGCUCCGACGGCACUCUCAACCGACGUGUCUUGAAGCUCGUAGACUUGAAAGCAUCAGCACCUGCCACCAAGCUCAUAAACACUAUCCCUAUCUCCACUUCGGAUAUCACAAUCGACCCCUCCCGCGAUCUCUGGUUCCGCCUCUUCAUCCCCACCACGCCCAACUCCGCCUCACUGCCCCUCAUUGUGUAUUUCCACGGCGGUGGAUUCACCAAGUACGGCCCCGACUCCAAGGUUUUCGAUCAUCUCUGCAGCCAUGUAGCCGCGCGAGUCCCUGCAGUCGUAGCGUCUGUCAACUACCGCCUCGCCCCCGAGCACAAGUGCCCUAGUCAAUACGAGGAUGGCUUUGACGCCCUCAAGUUCAUCGAUGCACGACACUACGACGUUUUACCUGCCAAUGCUGACCUCGGCAGAUGUUUUAUAGGAGGGGACAGUGCAGGUGGCAACAUAGCUCAUCAUGUAACAGUUAGAGCAGUUGAGCAAGCUGAGCAGUUUCAUAAAAUAAGGAUCGUCGGAAUGUUGGGACUGCAGCCCUUUUUUGGAGGCCAACAGCGGACAGAGUCGGAGCUGAGGUUGACAAAGGCACCAAUGCUUAGUGUGGAGUCGACGGACAUGUAUUGGAGGGAGUUUCUACCAGUGGGUGCGGACAGAAACCACCCCGCAGCCAACGUAGCAAACUCUGAGGCUGCUGCAGCUCUUACGAAUCUCGACUUCCCAACUAGUUUGUGGUGGCUGAGUAUCCGAAUGCAUUUCAUGGCUUCUAUGCAUUUCCGGAACUGCCUGAGUUUGCUUUGUUGA